AUGAGACCUCCACCUAUCCACCCUCAAAGUUGUGUAGAAUGCCUGAAUGAAAGUCGGUCCUGUACUUGGAUGGUCCAUGAGUCACUCCCCAUCACCAGUGACGGAAGGUGCGAUCAAUGUCACAGGGACAAACUGACUUGUGUGUGGCCUACUACUUAUGAAAACUUAAGUGAUGAAAUCCAAGUUCAUCCCCCUUCAACCACCUAUGUCCAAGAACCUGAGUUCGAAUCCGCCGCUGCCCGUUUGAAGAGAGUCAAAGCCUGGACCUGCGCUCCCUCUCGCCCCAAACCAGCUGACCUUGAAUUCUGGAAAGCUGAUCUCAGAUUAUGGAAUAAUGGUGGUAAUGCUCCUCUUCCUCCUCAAGUCCCUGUCAAACCCAAGGCUUCCACCUCAGCACCUCAACCCAGACCACCACCUAUUCUUACCCAACCACGAGCGUUCUACACCAACCCAAAAUCCAAACCAUCACCUGCAUUCAUGCCCAAAGUCCCAACUGCUGCUCCACCACCCAAACCUGCACCUACUCCUGCUCCACCCAAGGUUUCAACUCCUGAACCCCUUCAUCACCAACUCCACCACAACCACCUUUACCUCCUGCUAUCCCAUCUCACUUCAACUCAAACUUCAACUUUGACGAACCCUCCGCCAGACCUUAGUGCCAAGAUAUGGUUUGCCCGGGCAAUUGAUGAAGCUGAUAAACUUAAUGAACUUGGUGGUACUCCUCAUCAUGUUGAUCCCCGAGACCCGACCAUCGCUUUGACUGAGGCCAUGUUUUCUUUAUUGACUACCCACUGGAACAUAUGGAAAUCUUAUAAUCCUGAUGAGUGUCUUGCUAGGAAAACCCUUACCAACCAACUGAAAAACCUUGUUGCUCAAGAUAUGUUGUAUCGCCUGUCCGGUGCCAAGCACAUUUGUCCUGCUCAUUAUGACUUUCCUCCUGUUGAUAAUCCUGAUUUGACCCCUGCUCCUUCCUCUCAUCCUCCUGACUUUUAUGAUUCUAUAGCUAGCGGAAACCGAAACUCUAGAGACAAAGGCAAGAAAAGAGCUCAUGACCAGACUGAAUAA